GCAGUCUCGUCAUCGUCUCGUCUUAGUCAUGGAAAAAAAGGUCGUUGACGACCAUAUUUAGUCUCGUCUCGUCUGACGAAAUUAACACUAGAUCAGCCACACUGCAGCUUGCUGUGCACCCUGAGAACAACAGUUAGCUUAUGCUCCUUCUUUUUUUCUGCAUUUGCUUCUGCAAGAACAGAUUUUAGCACAUCUAUCUUUUCAGCAAUGCAUCUCUGCCAUAGCACAAAGGAAUAACAAAAAGCGGGUCUUUGAAGAAAAAGAGAGAGACAUCACUGCUGGAUGGUCCCACCACGCCAGCAGGUCACUGAGAGUUCACAACAGGAGGGCAGUGAUGUCAUCACAACCAGGAAGCAGCCAAAUCCCAUCCUGGCUCCUCACCAACACAGAGCCCUUCACCGAGAGCUGCUAUUAUGCCACAGAAGUGGUCUACUGCCCAGAGAGAAGCCGGAGCUGCAGUGUGUGCUGGAACACAGACAGAGAGAGCAGCACAAGCAGAAGGAGGUGGCCCUCUGUCCUCCCUCCGACUUGGAAGUGAAGCUACGCACAAGACUGCAGAAAAUACAAGUUUACGAGCUGGAGGAGGAGAAGAAGAGCGAGAGCCUGCAGAAUGUUCCGGAGUUUGUUCUUGUGAGAGGAACCCUGAAACGCAUCCAAACUUUUUCCUAGUGAUGAGAGAAAAGGGACAAAUACGGUUACUGUGGAGUCCAGACAAGUUCCUGCUUUAUGAUACUGUCACUUAAAAAGGAUCCUUGAUUGACAACUGCAUAUAUUUCAGAUUGGAAUAAUAAAAAUUCAUCAGUAUUA